AUGUUGACUUCUCUCAGUCUCCUUGGACUACUCUCAUUGUUCACACUGGGUCAAUGCGCGAUCGCGCCGAAACCCAGAGUCAGUGAAACCUUUACCAACGCGGACAUAUUCAAGCCUCCCUCGACAUACACCAUCCCUCGUACGCUGUAUGCUCGCACUGUCCUACUCAAUCAGAACCACAAGACCUCCAAUGUGAUCCUAGCAACAUGGGAGAACUACUCGCCCGAGCCUCCUUAUUUCCCCAUCUUCCGAAGCACAGACCUUGGACGUACAUGGACGCACAUUUCGAACGCCACGGAUCAAGUCAACGGCUGGGGCCUGCGAUAUCAACCAUUCUUGUACGAACUUCCCCAGAACAUCGGCUCGUUCAAGGCUGGCACCAUUUUGUUGGCCGGGAAUUCGAUCCCUGAAGACUUGAGUCUCACGAAGAUUGAUCUCUAUGCGAGCACAGACAAAGGUCUGACGUGGAAGUUCGUCAGUUCGAUUGCUAGCGGUGGGCGGGCGAUCCCCAACAACGGUGAAACACCCGUUUGGGAGCCUUUUCUGUUGGUGUGGAACAACAAGCUAGUAGUCUACUACUCCGACCAACGCGAUCCGGCCCAUGGUCAGAAACUCGUGCACCAAGUAUCUCGUGACUUGAUUCACUGGGAAGAUCCCGUCGACGAUGUCGCCUACGACACGUUCGACUUCCGCCCGGGCAUGACCACCAUCGCAAAGCUGCCCAACAAGCAGUUCAUCCUCACGUACGAGUUCUUCGGUGCACCCGAAGCCAGUUUCGCUGUUUACUACCGCCUUUCGGCCGAUCCGUUCGCGUUCAAUUCCGCCCCGGGCCAGGUUGUGCGCGCCACGGAUGGCACUGUGCCCACUUCGUCGCCGUAUGUCGUUUGGAGCCCAGUCGGUGGCCCGAACGGUACCAUCGCCGUCAGCGCUAACAGCAACACCGAGAUAUUCCUCAACACCGGUUUGGCUGCGAAUGGAAGUCAUUGGAUCAAGACAUCGACGCCUGCGUCCAGGUCGUACACGAGACAUUUGAGGGUGAUGCCGAACUCGACGGAGCUCAUGAUAGUGGGGGCAGGCGUCUUGAGCGGGUCAAAUAAUUGGGUGAACGCGUCGGUCAUUGCACUGUAG